GUCGUCACGUGAGCUGUCUGGCCAGGGAGCGCGCGCCCGAAAGCCCGGCCGCCCUGCGUCCCUUUCAGCGGCCGCGCGGGGAAUGGCGCUGCUGCUGGUGCUGCUCUCGGGCCGGCGCUGCUACUGCUACUGCUCCUCCGGCGGCUGCGGCUUGCGUUUAGGACUUUGCCGAACUUCUGUGCCCGCUGCCUCCCUUUACCGGGCUUUACGCCCAUCAGAGCCUCCCCCGUGGCCGGCCCUGAGACUUCCAGUGUGCCAUUUUUCUUCAAAAGCAAAUUCAAAAAAGCUUACCUCUGUUUUGGUUUCAAAAGUAAAAUGCCUGAAUAAGAAGUAUGAAAGAUAUUUGGAAAGGACAUUCCCACGUUUCUAUCAGCUAUAUUCAACAUUUUUAAAAGGCUUACAGGUUUUCUUUUCAGAAGCAAAAGAAAUAAGAAGAAUAAAGGCAAACAUGUCGCAUAAAAAUAUCCAGUUCCAUCAACUUCCAUACAGGGAAAUGGAGAGACUAAGACAGUUUCGCAGAGACCUUAUUAAAGCCAUUCCUGUUGGGAUUCUCUCUCUUCCACCCUUCGCCAACUAUUUCGUUCUUUUGUUUAUGUAUUUAUUCCCAAGACAGCUCUUAGUACGCCACUUCUGGACUCCUAAACAACAAGCUGAGUUUCUGAACACUUACCACAAUAUGAGGAGGGAGGCAUAUGCUGAAGUGAUUGAUGGUCUAAUGCAUCUAUCUCACUUCCUAGAUGAUCCUCAGCUUCGCCAACAGAUGUUAUAUCUCUGCAGAAAGGUCCAGGAAGGAUUUCACCCAGAUGUAACAGAGCUUAAAGCUGUGAGGACUUUAUUUGUGGGGCAUCCCUUUGGUAUCCAACAGCUCACGGUUCAGCAUGUGAAAGUUCUCAGUCGUGUUUUGUUCCUGACACCCCGCUUGCCAUCUUUCUUCCUGAGAAAUCGCUUGAGGAGCCAUCUAUCUGAGCUGCAUCACCUGGAUCAAGCAAUGGUGAAACUAGGAGUAAGCGAGCUGACUGAUGAAGAAGUGCAAGUGGCGUGUUAUACCCGUGGCUUGAAUUCCGUUCAUCUUAGCCCAUCUGCAUGUAGGCUGUGGUUGAACCAGUGGCUAUCACUGUCCUCUUCACUAAGAGACUCUGAGACUUCACUCUUGGCACAUGCGAUGGUCUUACUUUCUACCAACUUCACUCUUUCCUCCAAGAGCUAACUGGAAACAGCCCCUUCUGGACUAUUGUAUGUAUACUGCAUAUUGACUGUUGGCUGAACCAGCAAGGGGAAGAGAGUUUUUUCAUUGACUCAAAAAAGGAGGGAAAAAGGCAAGAAUCCAGCAGGAGAAGAAACUGUAAUGAUUUGUUAGUGUUGAGGUGAAAGUAGAGGAAACAUUGCAGUAUGAAUAACAUUCUCCCACUGACUGUUCUGAGAAGAGAAUUGCCAAGAUACAACAAAAUGCCUCUGCAGUAGGUUUCACAAACUUUCUACUUAAGUCUGGUUCAGUUAUGACCUUGUAGGCCCUUUCUUGGAUUGUCACUGUUCAGACUUAUACUUGUCAGUCCAAAAUCUUGCUAGUGCUUGUGGCAAACUCUUCUGCUGGAAAGACACAUCUACUCCCUCAAGGUGCUGGAAUAAAGUUUGUUUCAUAUUGGCCAGGGAGCAGUGCAGAAUAAAAAGAAAAAAAUUGCAGAAUACACAUUAGUACAACGUGGCUUAUUUGCUAAAUGUACAUUGUCAAAAUCAUAUAUCAGUUUCUAUGCUUUCAAUCUUGCCAGCUAAGAGGGGAGAGAUCCAUAUGUCUUAUGCCAGUUGUUUCUUCCAUCCCCCUUCUCUGAGAUGUUUCAGGGAUUGUAUUACUCUCAAGUUGCAAUUGUGAGAGGGAAUCAGUUGGAAAGGAGGUUAGGAGGCCAGUCUUGAAGCUGAAGCUUCUCUUCAUCUAACUGAAUCACAACCCCACCCCCACUUUUCUCCUUUCUGAUGCUGAUUUUGCAGGUGUAGUGGUAACCCAAGGCAGCAAAGGAUUGGGAGGGGGGCAGCUGAGAUACCGCCGUUCACUGCUGUCAAAAGAGAAGACCCAAUCUAUUCUGUGGUCUCCCAAGAACCUGAAGAUUGCAGGAUUUUUUUUAUUAUGAAGUGUAGCAGACUUUAAAAAUCCUUUAGUGGGGGAAGAAAUUAGAUUGCAUGUAGUAUACCAGAAGCUGGAAUUCUGGACAGAAUGUAACUUGAGGACGUCUGUAUUUGAGCAAAUCAUAAAAUGUGUGAGAAAUGUGUGUAUUAAAUGUAUUUUACUUGAAAAAUGAAUGUUUACCAUUAAAGAUGGCAAGCUGGCUAACAUAAAAA